UUUGACUAGACAAAGGGGAUAAAUAAUAAAAAAGUUUUGGAUAGAGUGAUUAAUCAUAAACUCAGUAAGGGAACUUGGUUUCUGGGGAACCCAGUUUCAGUAAUACUGCCCUAAUUUUUGACAGCUUAGAUUAGUUUUGCCUUUUUGUAUACUUUCCAAUGUUUCUUAGUCUUUAACAUGGAUCCUAAUCCCCUGGAAACUUAUCAAAAUAGACUGCCCCAUUCCCAGAGAUUCAGAUUCAGUAUGUUUGGGGUAGGGCCUAUAAUUUGCAUUGUUAAUGAAUUCCCAUCCCAGCUAAUGCUCUUGGUCUGGAAUUUUACAAUUUAUACUCUUUAUAUCUAGUUCCUUUUAUAGAGCAGUUCCAACUUUGUGUUUAUAUUAUGUAUGUGUGUGUGUGUGUGUGUGUGUGUGUGUGUGUGUGGUGGGGGGAAUCCACUUACGAUUUCUUCAUUAUUUGAAAGAAGGGUUUUGCAUACACACAAAAGCCUGGAACCUAGUACACCAGAAGGCUCUUUAAAGGCAGCAGUAUCUUUUAUUUUUCUUAGUGAUUAUCACUUAACACAUUGUAGGCAUCCUUGUUUAAGAAAUAAAAGAACAUCUGGAUGGAUGGGUCCUCCAGUAAAUAGAUUUAAGCUCUUGUAAUUUACCAGCUUAAGUGUGUCUCUUGCCAGACUGAAAACCCUGUGAAGGAAACACCCUUGGGUCUCUAGGGCCCAGCUCAGUGUAUAGGCAAUUCCCCUUUGGUCAAAGGAUGGAGUGAUGAGGGAUGGGGCUCCAGAGGGCAGAACUAUACCAGAAGUGGCCCCCCGAAGAGGGCGCCCUCAGGCAGGGACUGCCAGCUGUGGUGGGGGAGGGGUGCCAGCUAAACAGCUGCUUGCAUUUAAGGUGGACCCAGGGAUUUCCCCACCCAGCCUCAGCUGCAGGAGAGGAUGCAGACACUUCCUAGUUUCACACUCACCCUUUCCACCCCUCCCACCAGGGUACAGGAGAAGAGACGGGUAUUUUUCUUUGUUUUUUAAAUCGGUGGGAGUGCCAGCACCUUAGAGAUUUUUUUUUUAAUGCCUCCUGCGAUCCAGACACGAGGUCUUAAAGGACUUUAGCAAGAUUUUUCUCCCCCAUUUCACAGAUGCUGAAACUGAGGUUUCCCUAACAGGUUCUAGUCCCGGGGUUCUCACUAAGAAGUGCUAGCAGUGGGGUGGGGGUGGGGGAAUUCCUGUGAAACUGUGAGAUUUCUUCCUCCAAGGGACCUCCUUAACAGCUGUCCUGCCGGCGUCGCCAGCUACCCAGCCAGUUCCUGUCCCUUUCAGAGCCCGCGCUCACCCCGCCUGACGCUCGGAGUCCAGCCCUGCCGGGCGUCAGGCCGCUGGAGGAAUGGAGUUCGCGGAGCUGAUCCGCACAGGCCAGGCCCAAGCCGAGCUCCUGCGGGGUCCGGAGGAGCCCCCACUGCGUGGCACGCUUUGCAUCACCGGCCACCACCUGCUGCUGUCGCCAGGGCCCCAGGCGACUCCAGACCUGUGGCUGCUGCUGUUGCGUAAUGUUGACUCCAUCGAGAAGCGGGUCGCGGGUGACUCGGGCACCAUCACGCUGCGCUGUAAGGACCUGCGAGUGUUGCAGCUGGACAUAGAGGGCGUGGAGGCCACGCUGGACAUCGCCCGCUCCAUCGAGGCGCUGUCCUCCCUGGAAUCGGUCAUCACCUCCUUUCCGUUCUUCUACCGUCCCAAAGGUUUGAGGUUAGGCGACGCCUGGCACUUCCACCCUCCCGAAUGCUACUACAAGCGAGUAGCUCGCGAGACCAACGCGUGGCGGCUGAGCGAGGCGAACGAGGACUUCAGCUUGUGCCCCAGUUACCCCCGCGCCGUGAUCGUGCCUCGCGCGGUGGACGACAGUGCCCUGGCGCGUAGCGCCCGCUUCCGCCAGGGAGGCCGCUUCCCUGUGCUCAGCUACUACCACGCUCCCAGCGGAACCGUGCUGCUACGUGCCGGUCAGCCCCUGACUGGGCCCCAGAAGCGGCGUUGCUCUGAGGACGAGGACCUGCUGAGAGCUGUGUUGGCGGGGGCUCGGCCCGGGGCCCGGGGCUUCAUCGUGGACACGCGCUCGCCCCAGGCCGCCAAACAGGCCCGCAUGACUGGUGGAGGCACCGAGGCCAAGGCUGCCUACCCUGGCUGGAAACGACUGCACCGGCUCCUGGAGACGGGGCGGCCCCUACAGGAGAGCUUCGUGCGCCUGGUGGAGGCCUGCGGGGACCUGGAGCAGAGCAUGGACCGCUGGCUUAAUCGACUAGAGAGCUGCCGCUGGCUGUCACAUGUGAAGGAGACUCUGAGCACCGCCUGCCUAGCAGCCCAGAGCAUGGAACAGGAAGGGGCCUGUGUCCUGGUACAUGGGGCUGAAGGCACAGACAGCACCCUGCUCAUCACUUCACUGGCCCAACUCAUCCUAGACCCCUUGAGCCGGACCAUGGCUGGAUUCCAGGAACUAAUAGAGCGAGAGUGGGUCCAGGCUGGCCACCCCUUCCAGCUGCGCUGUGCUCACUCAGCCUUCUCCCACGCCCGCCCCAAACACGAGGCCCCCACCUUUCUCCUCUUCCUGGACUGUGUGUGGCAGCUGGGCCGCCAGUUCCCGCUGUCGCUGGAGUUUGGGGAGGGGAUGCUACUGGCGCUGUUUGAUCACGCCUAUGCCUCCCCUUUUGGCACCUUCCUGUGCAACAACGAAAAGGAGAGAUGCCUGUGUGAAGUGAGAACUCGAACACACUCCCUGUGGUCUGGGCUCAGUCAGCCAAAAGAGCAACGAAAGCUCCGGAACCCGCUCUACGUCCCCAACCCCCUGGCUAUCUGGCCCUCGGCGGAGCCCCAGAGCCUGCGACUGUGGCAAGGCCUGUUUCUGCGCGGGACCCGUCCACCUGAGCCUUCAGAGGUAGCGUGGGAGAAAGUGUGGCAAAUAGUGACAGAUCAGGAGAAGACAGAAGGCUCUCAGCCAACAGAUUCAGCCUCUGAGGCUGGACCCUAAGUACUGGUCCUUAGAUGGUGUUUGAGAUGUUCCUGGAAGCUCUCCAGGCCCCUCAGCACCUCUGGAUCUUGGAAGAGAGUGCCUACAACCCAGCCUGGAUCCACAUGUGAAGUGUCCAAAGUAUAGGCGGAAGGUCCAAAUAAUAAAGGCAUCCAUGAUUGGUA